GACAUUUACACUAUUUUCACACUCCCAUAGUUACUAACUAAUCUCCACAUUCAAUUCCAUCAUGAAGCCUCUUCCAGCGGUCGGGCUUGCGUCAAGCAUCAUUCAAAUCAUCGACUUCUCAGUUAAGAUCACCUCCCAGGACAAUGUAAUCCACCAGCCGGCUGAUGGAGAACCCAUUGACAACUCGACCAUCUUGCAGAAUGCCGCCAACAACCUUUUCCGACUCUCCCUCAACAUCGACCAGAAUGAUCUCAAGAGGAUGUCGACGGACCCAAAGAGGCCGAAAUUGAGCGAUGCCGCGGAGGAAAUGCUGAAGCUCAGCGACGAGACCAAGACGUUGACUACUACUUUGAUCAAUGCGGUGCUGCAGGCGCAGGCGCGAGGUUCCUUUGCUGAUCCGAAGUGGCAGACCGUUCGAGAGGCUUUGUCGACCGUGUGGAAGAAGAAGGAAAUCACAGGUAUCAAGAAGAAGUUUAGGGAUGUUAGGAAGGAUGUCGAUAUUGCGCUAAUGGUCGCACUCCGACAAUAUCUCGACCAGUCUGCGGAGACUGGGCUCCCAGUAUUCAGCGAAGAAGAUGGCAGGAUCCAUCAUGUGGAGAAGUGGCAGAAUGAUGCGAUGGAUGCGAUCCAUACGAAUGACUGGAAAUCGAAGAACAAGAAGAAUGUUGAAGAGUUCUCGAAACUUGUUGACAAGCUGAGCCAAGCUGAGAGAGAAGCUGUCUUCUGUGCUGACGUUUUCGAUGCAAUUCAAUUCCCGGCAAUGAACGAUCGCUUGCAGAGCAUUGAGCCGGCAUACCCAGGGACUCUCGAAUGGUCUAUCAAGGAUUAUGGCGACGGUGAAGACCGGUUUCUCUCGUGGUUGGGUGAAAAGAGCGGACAGAAUCUGUUCUGGGUGACAGGACAACCUGGUUCAGGCAAAAGUACUUGGAUGAAACAUUGGUUCCGCAAUUCUAAAAGCUUCGAAAGCCUAGAACGUUGGUCGGGUGCGUCGCCCGGAAUCAUUGCCGGUUUCUCAUUCUGGGACUGCGGAACAGAGCUGCAGAAUUCCAGUGAAGGUCUCCUCAGAUCAUUACUUUUCGAAAGCCUUCAGGAUAUGAUUCAUGGACCUUUGCAAAGGGAUCCCGCAAUCGUUCAGUGGCUCUUCGCGGAAAGGUGGGAGCAAUUUGCUGCAUUUGGAGGAGGCAUGCAGCCGUUGACUUUUGGGGACCUUCGCCGUGCCUUCGAGUUGAUGAUCUCCGACAUUACUAAGAAGUUCUUCUUCAUGGUCGAUGGACUGGACGAGCUCGAGGGCUACCCAGAAGCAUUGAUCAGUCUACUCGAGACUGUGACGAAGCGCGAUAAUGUCAAGAUUGUAGUUUCAAGCCGUGGCUCACCCGCAUUUAGAGGUGCGUUCCAGGACCGACCAUCUUUCGAGCUCGACUUGUACACGAAGGGCGAUAUCGAGGUUUACCUGAAGAGUGUCUUUGAGCAAGACGAGAAAUGGGUUGGAAUCUGUAGCGAGGCUCUUUCAGGAACUCCAGAGCGAGAUGUAAUUGGCAGAAUGGUUAAGAAGGCCGACGGCAAUUUCCUGUGGGCUUCCCUGGCAGUCUCAUUUGUUCUACAGGAUACAUAUGAGCCACCAGACCUUAUGACAUUCCGCGAACGAGUUGAUGCUCUACCUCCGGAUCUCGAUAAUCUUCUUCAACACAUUCUGUCUAGCCUAGAAAGUACGGACCUCGAACACGCAGCCCGACUAUUUAGCCUCGUCGAUGCUCAUGGCUAUCCCGAUAUCCUAGAAUUGUCUUUCGCCUUCGACCCAAACACGCGAUCCGGAAUCACUGCUGAGCAUCGUCCUUUGCGCGAAUCAGAAGUCACGCAGAGGGUCGAUCACAUGCACUCUCUACUGAGCAACCAGUGCAGAGAUUUCCUUGCAGUCUUUGAAGCAUCCGAGUCGACCGAUGAUGGGAGGCACGGCAAGCUGAAGGAGAAGCAACUCAAAGUUACCUAUGCCCACAAAUGUUUCAAGGACUUUAUUCACUCGCAAAGAAUUCAGGAACAAAUACUGCACAUCACUGGCAAUGGCUACUUCGAGUCGGAUGAAUGCUGGGCGAAUUCAAGACUCUGGGCACUCAAAACCGCCCGUUUGGAGCGCGGACCCAUGGGUAAGACACAUAUCGCCAUUUGGGAGGAGUUGGCCUGGUGCAUCGAGUACGCACUGCGACUUCAGGAAAAGGACAACAAAGUCCGUACAACCUAUCUUGAUGAGGUCGGAUUUGCUGCCAUAAUCGAACACCAGGAAAACAUCAGAAACGACGAGACAGAUCUACCCGAAGGAAUGCAGGCAGAGAGCUUCUUGGACAUAGCUGUAUGGCUGAACCUCGCUGGAUAUGUGACCAUCAAAGCAAAGGGCGCGGAACGUAAGGCGAACAAGCACGCCGUUGAAUACUAUCGCACGAUGAGGAAGAGACUCGGCCCAGGUGGGGAAAUGAAAUGGAUUGGAGGCAAGCGCUGCCUGACGACUGCGUAUAAUACGACGAACCCUGAGAUUUUCCAACUUCUGGAUUAUUACGCAAAGCCGCUUCGUUUUGCUACACCGAAACCUUUUGUAGAGAUACCAGCAGGUGUUUAGUGGCGUUUUGAGAUUCCAAGUUACCCCCUCCAUAGAUGCUGUUUGCCUAGUUCUUUUCAAUUUGAUCGAAC